AAUAGGACCACCACUGAAAAGGCCAACCUGGGACUGCAGCUCUUCCCAGAGAGAAAAAAAAUCACCACAAGGGGAGCACCCUGUAUAUUGCUCCUGGAUGUGCCCGCAAAAGUCUCUGCUGUCCAAGGUACUGAAACCAGAAAAAAGCAUGAUCUUGUGAACAUGGGAAAAGAAGUCCAGCUGAAGCCCAAGGUGAACGUCUCUUCCUACAUCCACUUUUUGUUGAAUUACAGAAACAAAUUCAAGGAACAGCAGCCAAAUAUCUACCUUGGUUUUAAAGAGUUCUCUAAAAAGUGUUCAGAAAAAUGGAGAUCCAUCUCAAAGCAUGAAAAGGCCAAAUAUGAAGCCCUGGCCAAGCUCGACAAAGCCCGCUAUCAGGAAGAAAUGUUGCACUUCGUUGGCAAGAAGAAAAAACGUAGAAAACGGGACCCCCUGGCCCCCAGACGACCUCCAUCAUCCUUCCUGCUCUUCUGCCAAGAUCACUAUUCCCAGCUCAUGAGGGAGAACCCCACCUGGUCAGUGGUGCAGGUAGCAAAGGCCAGUGGGAAGAUGUGGUCUACAGCAACAGAGAUGGGAAAGCAGCCAUAUGAACAGAAAGCAGCUCUCUUGAGAGUGAAGUACUUUGAGGAGCUUGAAGUCUAUCGGAAGCAAAACCGUGGCAUGAAGAAAAUCCUGGCUAAGAACCAGCAGAAAGGCAAACCUGAGUUGGGAAAAACGGAUACAUCCAGUCCAAAAAAAUAAAGUGCCAUUGAACUCUA